UUGGGUGUCGGGUGUCGGCUAAUUUGUUCCGUCUUAAAAUGUAUUUUUGCAUUGACGAUAAAUUACCUAAAUAAAUAAAAGUAUAUAUUUGACACACCCGAUCGGUGUGUAACCAAGAUGUUUGUUGAUACUGAGAUACUGAAGGCUAUUUCAUUUAAGGAAACAGCCAAAUUACCAUGUCGCUAUUGGGUUUUGGUGUUUCUCAGAUUUCUGUACACCAUCCUUCCGCAGCGCGGCUACAUACACCCGGACGAGUUUUUUCAAAAUGUUGAAGUGAUUGCAGGCGAUAUCUUCUCAAUCGACGUAUCAAAAACAUGGGAAUUCGACCCAAAGUUUCCAAUCAGAAAUAUAUUAGUGCCUAAAAUGAUACUCGGUCCGCCACUUCACUUCAUCCAAUUCUUCAACCCCUACUUUAAACACUAUGUUGGAAUUGAUCUGAAAACACCAUACUAUUUGUUGGUGAUACCGCGACUUUUCAUAUGUUUCUUGUCCCUUAUAAAUGACUUCUGUUUGUACAGAAUUUGUGUCUUAUACGGACAAAAUUUCAGGCACAGACUUACUAUAUUCGCCAGCUCCUACGUGGUCUUUGUCUACUGUUGUAGAAGUUUUUCAAACACGUUUGAAACGAUAUUAUUUUCGAUGCUGCUCCUCAUAGUCGCAGAAUCCAUGCAGAAGUCUGAUAAAGUCAUUUAUCAUAAUGAAUUUCUAAAAGAAAAGUAUGAAAAUGCUGCUACAACUGUCGAAAAAGUAAAGAUUUUUAAGCUUUCGACACAUUUACCGCAGCAUUCAUUGAACAAUGUGAUCAUUUUAGCCACAAUCGUGGUCAUUGGUAUUUUCAAUCGUCCUACAUUCGUAUGUUUUGCUUUUGCUCCUAUUUUCUUUUGGCUCCAUCGGGGAUUGGGUUCCACAGUGGUAGGAUUCAAAGAUUUCCACUUUAGGAUAUUUACGUUCAUAGUGUGUGGAAUACCCUCGGCGUUGUUGCUUAUCCUGGUAGAUUCCGGAUACUAUGGGUACAUAACGAUGGCGGACGUAGAGUCGCUACAGAUAUCUUGGGACAAUUGGGUGGUAACACCGCUUAACUUCCUACGGUACAACUCUGAUACCGGGAACCUGAAGAAGCACGGCUUGCACCCACGCUGGUUGCACGUGGUCGUCAACGUCCCGCUGCUGUUCAACGUGCUCGGAGUUCUGGCUACUAUUAUGCUAUCUAUCAAUGCGUACAGAUUCGUUCGCGGCCAGUACAGCAAAUUACCAAGAAUCCAAAGUAUCACUGGCCUAAUGAUGUUCUCUCUAGUCAUACCUAUUGGAGUGCUUUCUUAUUUUCCACACCAAGAAGCUCGUUUUAUCGUCCCAGUGCUGGUACCUCUGAUUUACCUGUUCGGCAACUACCUCUAUUCUAACGACAUCGAGGGAAGAUUUACUAGAAAGUGGAAAUUCAUAUUCCGAUACGUUUGGUAUUUAAUUAAUAUUUUACUUGCUAUAUUUUUCGGUUUCAUCCAUCAGGGAGGCAUAUAUCCGUUAGCCAAAAGCAUUCAUCAAGAUCUUAAAAGAACCAGCAACUAUGGGCAACAUACCUACGUUGUAACGACGCACAGUUACAGCAUACCGACAUAUUUACUUCAAUUAGAGAGCACCACCAAAGUGUACAAAGACAAGAAGACAGGACAUAAGUACCGAUUGUCGCCUACCACGUUCAUACACAAGUACGGAUCUAUACCUGUAGAGGCAUUGUUUGAUAAGGUUGAUACCAUGCUGACUAACGCCGAAAGACUAAAGGCCGAACACAAUAAGAAUUACAAGUUCAAUAUUGUCACUCCAUGUUCUCUGGAUAUUGAAGUGAAGAAGACUGCAGCUAGAUACAAUUACUUCAAGUUAGACCAGGUGGCUUCUUACUUCCCACACUUUAGUUCAGAAGCGCUCCCUACGUUUCCCGGGAUAAGGCACGAAUAUUGUGCCAGAAAUUCUAGCGUUCCACCUCACAAAAUGAUUCUCGCAGAAAGACUAGGAUGUUAUUUAUCAAUGUAUUGUCUUAAACAUUAUCAGGUUAGGGUAAUAGCAACAAAAUUUUAUUAAGAUUGUGUACUCGUAUGUAAGUAUUUAGGCCAGUUCACAAUUCCACUAAGUUACGUUUUAAACAGGCCGCCUAAUUUCAUUGUGAUUAUUUUAUUACAAUUUGCUCAAUUUAUGUUUGUUGUCGCUGAUAAGAAGUCAUCUGUUUCAAAUCUGAUCUGAUAUUUAGCCUAUAGUAUUUUAAUGUGUGUAACUUUAACCGCUAGAUGAAAAUAUGUCGUCUUUGUGUUAUGUUUGUUAAGUUUUUAGGCAGAGAAGAAAAAGGAGGUUGCUUUGGUAAUGUUGCUAUAAUAUAUCCUAGUGAUUUUUUUCUAUAAUUGUUUAACAAUAUAAAAUGUAACUUUAAACACGUUUUGAGUUGGAAGAUUCAAGUAUUUAUACUUGAAUUAUUUUCUUGUUUUGAUCACAUAGGGACGCAGUUAUAGGUGGGUGAGUGCCUGUUAAACAAAAUUUGACUUUAUCUUCCUAGUAGGAAGAGUUAUAAUCGUAUGUUAUUGUUUCACAAACAAAUUAAUUGCCAUGAAAUUUUGAAUCUCUUUGAAUCUCUGCACGUCUGUUGUUGUUUUAAUUUGAAUAUUCACUUUGCCUGAAGGCAUAUAAUACAUAUUUUUAUUUUUCUCCAGUUUUAU